AUGAUGAUGAUGAUGAUAAAGAAGAAGAAGUUCAAGUUCCGCGUGGAGCUGGAGCUGGACGAGCUCUCCUCCGUGCCCUUCGUGAACGGCGUGCUCUUCUGCAAGGUGCGCCUGCUGGACGGCGGCAGCUUCAGCGGAGAGUCCUCCCGGGAGGUGGUUCAGGCAAACUGUGUCCGCUGGAAGAAGAAGUUUUUAUUUAUGUGUAAAAUCAGUGCCAGUGCCACAACAGGGGUUUUGGAUACUUGCAUCUGCAGGGUGUCUGUACGGAAGGAGUUAAAAGGAGGAAAAGCAUAUGCAAAGCUGGGCUUUGCAGACCUCAACCUAGCGGAGUUUGCUGGAUCGGGAAAUACCACUCGGCGCUGUUUACUGGAAGGUUAUGAUACCAAAAAUACAAGGCAGGAUAACUCCAUUCUCAAAGUUUUGAUCAAUAUGCAGCUAAUGUCUGGAGACCCAUGUUUUAAAAUGCCUCCUUCCACCGCAACAUCUAUAGCAAUUCCUGGAGAAUCAGAAUCUUUGCAUGAAGACAGGAAAGGUGGAGAGAACUUGAAAGCAAUCCAUCUGGGAAUGGCAGAUGUCUCAGCAAAGAGUGCCUCAGUCCCAGACGAUCUUGGUGCAUGUGGACACUCCAGAACAUCAAGCUAUGCAAGUCAGCAGUCCAAACUGUCAGGGUACAGUACAUGUCACUCUAGAUCAUCCAGUUUCUCUGACCUCUGCCACAAGAGAGAUGCCUCAGUGGGGAGCACCUCAACGGGAAUUGGAAGUAUUCUAGAGCCAUGUGAAGAGGGUGACCUAAAAGUAGAAGAAAACAACUCUGAUCCAUCUGUUAAAGAUGAGUCCUCAGAAAAACUCUGCAGGCAUCCUGUGAAGCAAGAUUCUGUGGAGUCCCAGCUGAAGAGGGUCGAUGCUACCAGGGUUGAUGCAGAUGACAUAGUUGAAAAAAUACUCCAAAGUCAAGACUUUAGUUUAGAUUCAAGUGCAGAAGAGGAAGGUUUAAGACUGUUUGUUGGCCCUGGUGGAAGCACUUCUUUUGGAAGCCAUCAUCUCCCUAACAGAGUAGGAUCUGGAGCAUAUGAACAAGUGGUGAUAAAACGCUAGACCUAAAGAGCUCAAAGAGAGUAAACAAGUUGGAGCUUUAGAGUGGAUACSUCAGUUUCUUUGCUCUGUAAGAUGUGAACGCCAAGAUGAACUGAAUGGCAGUUGGGUGGAUAGGUGGGAGUGCCUUUUUUUCAUUAAUGGAAUGUCUCUUGCUCAUAGAGCUUCCAGUGUUCUGUGGUAUGAAGGCAAUGUUUAGCUAGGUAUGCCUUGUGUAAGCACUUAAACUGGUUUUGUAAGCUUUACAAGAUGUUAGUGAAUUACUUGCUUUGUAAGUUGUGUGACACAUCUUUGUGGAAGCGUGAUACAAGUGUCCUAUUUCAGUGUUUUAUACAGGGGAUUACAUAUUAUAUGCUUUGCUUUUAAUUUCUUUUAUAAAGAAACCUUAUCAUUAAGGAAGCGAUCUUAAAUUAACCUGAAUAAAUUAACUGGACUUAAUUUGAUCCUACCUGCAAUUUUAAUCUUACAGCAGAUAAUUCCUUUUAUUAAAAUGAAUAUGAAGUGAGGACUAUGGCAUCCAUGGCACAGCCCAAUUAUUUUUUAAACAUGCAAAAUUUUAAGUAUUGAGCAUAACCUUAUUGUACAGUAGAACAGUAGAGGUGAGCUUCAGAUGCAUUUAAGAAAAGCUAUUAAUAAAUAAUUAUUGAAUAAUAGGUUGUUAAUUCUAAAUGAAGCGUAGAGGAUUAAGCACAUGAAAAUGCAACAUCUGGCUUUGUGUAAAUGACAAAAGAAAUGAGAUUCAACACAACAGCAACAUACCAAAGCACAGUAAUGUAUUAUCCAGAGAGCUAUUUUGUCUCUGUGAUUCUCAAAUCUGGAGUUGAAAGCUUCUUCCACAGAACCUUCAAUAAUGCAGAGCCUUGAGAUGCAAUGGAUGGUACUGUCUAACAAGCUAGUCCAUAACUUAGACCACUAUGAACUUCUGGGGUUUAAGCCUUUACAGCUUCUUAGUGCUUUGCUUGUAUUUUGAAGGUGCCUUGAGGGAAAAGGAAGGUACAGGGAGAUUAAGCUCUACUUAAGCUUUAAAAAGUAGACAAAUAUUAAACUACUCUACCUUACUAAGAGCACUUUAUCCAUUAUCUCAGAACUCUGAGAAAAGCUUUACUGUUUAACAGUUCUAUCAUUUCAUGUAAAAAGUCUAUUCCUUCACCAUCUGUCCAUUAUUACAUUAAAGUAAAUGUACUGUAUUUAAAUUUGCACAGUAGCCGAUUGUGGCAGAAAAGAUGAAAUUUCUUCAAAAAUUUUACAUAAGUACAAAAAUAAAUUUUUAUAGGGAUGUAUGAGGUGAGAAGGUUCUAAUGCAGGCUUCUAUCUGCUGUAUUUUAAUUAUAAACUGCUUAAUCUUGUUAUCACUUAUUGUAUCAAUAAGGCUUGGAUUAAAGAAAAACAGAGACAGUGUAGACAAAGCUCUGAAGGCUUCAAAUUUCUUCCCGUUUGAUAUCUGACAUCCUUUUGUAGCUGUAGCUCCUUUUUACUAGUUGGAAGUAGGAAAAGCUUUGCGUAACAGGUUUUAUUUUCCAUAAAUUCAUAAUAUAGUAAAUCUU